AUGCUCAGGACCCUUGGGCUGGCCCUGCUGGCUCUGGUCAGUGCCGUGGGCCCGAGCCAGGCCAGCGGCUUCACAGAAAAAGGCCUCUCCUUGCUGAGCUACCAGCUGUGCAACUACAGCGUGACCCAAAAUGUCCAGAAAGUGGAGGCCCUGCAGACAUCCCACCUGACCUACGUCCCCUGCGGUGGGUGGAUCCCGUGGAGGCGGUGCCCCAAGACCGUUUACAGGACCCGCUACCUGGCGGUGGAGGUCCCCGAGCCGAGGAACGUGACGGACUGCUGCGAGGGCUACGAGCAGCUGGGCCUCUACUGCGUCCUGCCCCUGAAUCGGUCCCGGGAGUUUGCAUCGAGACCCGGGGUCUGCCCAACAGUGGGACUGGAAGCGCCUAGCUCGCUGUGCACCCUGGACGCCGACUGUCCCGGACUUCAGAAGUGCUGCCCCUCAUCGAGGGGCCACCACUGCGUGUCUCCCGUGCCUCCAGCUGCGGAGAGGAGCCCGGCCAGCUUCUGGUACAACGUGAGCGUCCUGGUGAAAAUGGACUUCGAGGAGCUCCAGCAGGUGGACCCCAGGCUCCUGAACCACAUGCGCCUUCUGCACUCCAUGGUCACCAGUGCCCUGUGGCCGAUGGACUCUGCUGUCCACCACCUGUGGUCGGCUGGUGGGGACACCUCGACCACAGUGUCUUGGCUGCUGCUGGGCCUGCCGCGGCCGGUGCCGGUGGCCAAUGUGUCCGCCAUGUUGGACGGCAUCGUGAGGCGCGUCUACGAAGUGAUCAGCAUCCAGGUGCAAGACACAAAUGAAUGUUUCUACGACGAACUCAAUGCCUGCUCUGGAAGGGAGCUGUGUUUAAACGUGGAGGGCUCAUACCAGUGCCUCUGUCACCCGGAGUCACCGAUCUCGUCUCCCCAGAGGCUGAACCGCACGUGUGAAGAUUGCCCUCCCAUCAGAGACCACAUGAUCCUCAACGUCACCAGCAGCAGCUUUCAUGUAUCUUGGAGUUUAAACUCCCCCCAGAGCCACACCUUCCACGUGCAGGUUUACAAGGGGGAGGAGCUACUCAGGAGCGCCAGGACCCGGGGCACGACCCUGGAGGUGGCCGGGCUGGAGGCCGGGGUGCUUUAUGGGGUGAAGACCAGCUACCAGAGGUGUGGGGCCCAUGUCACCGCAGCGCUGACUGUCAGAACCGAUGCCCAGGUAUUCCAAGUCACGGUAAGGAUCCUAGACCGCAACGUGACGGAGAAGCUGCUGGACCGCGGCAGCCCCGAGUACCAGGACUUUUCUCGACAACUGCUCCACGAGGUUGAAAACUCCUUUCCACCGGCGGUGUCUGACUUGCACAGAAGAGGGAAGCUGAGGGUGCAGAUCGUGUCUCUCCAGGCUGGAAGCGUGGUUGUGAAGCUCAGGCUGACGGUGCAGGACCCCGAGUUCCCAGUGGGCGUCUCCAUGCUGGCCACCAUGCUCCCGCCUCUGUUGGCGAGCACGGUGUUCCAGAUUGACCAGCAGGGGACGCUAGUGCAAGACUGGGACGAGUGUGCCGACAGCCUGGAGCACGACUGCUCGCCGGCCGCCCAGUGCAUCAACCUCGAGGGCUCCUACACCUGCCGGUGCCGGACGGCCAGGGACGCCAACCCCUCCCGAGCAGGCCGGGCCUGUGAGGGUGACGUGGUGAGCCCCACGGGAGGCGUGCUGUCUCCAGCGACAGGGGUAACAGCCCCAGCUCUUGGCACAGAAACAACAGCACUUGGUCUGGAGACCCCUACCUUGUCACCCAGCCCCAGGCACCCAUGGGGCACCCCUGCAGUGAGCCAGGCCCAGACUCCAGGGACCCCACCCAGAAGAGCGGGCAGCAGUGUGGUCGAGCAGGACAGGAACAGCACAGGGCAAGGCAUGGAGGAGGUGUCCAGUGUGUCCACCGGCCUGGGGAAGGGCCAGUGGACAGCCAGCAGGGCUCCCGGGCCAACACACACCUCCCUUCUGGGGGCCACGGACAGCCUGCGGGACCCCUCUGGGUGGUUAUGGAGAAACUCCACCAUGGAGUCGUCCUUCUGGGCCACUCCUAUCGAGGGUCCCACGGGACAUGUUGUGUGGGACACCAGCCUCUCCACUCGGGACACAUCACCAGCACCUCUGGACCCCACGCAGCCACAGAACUCGAACCCUGGACCCUCUGGAUCCCCAGACCUGCCCUUGGCUCCCAGCCCCACGUCUCUGAAGACCCCGGCCUGUGUUCCCAUCCCCAUUAGAGGGGUCACGGUCUCCAACGUGACCAGCACCGGCUUCCAUCUGGCGUGGGCGGCAGAUCUCGCCCUGCACCCCCCUUUCCAGCUCACCCUGACUUCCACGCGGAGCCCCACAGUGCACCUGGAGACCCGCGACGCAAGUCUGACGCUGUCGGGGCUGGAGCCCGGCGUCUUGCACCUGGUCGAGAUUGUGGCCAAAGCAUGUGAGACAGAAAGUGCCAGAGCUCGCCUCAAAGUGAGGACAGCGGCCCAGAAACUCAGCGGGACGGUCAGGAUAGCCAAUGUGGAGUAUGUGGAAUCCUUCCGCAACGUAAGCAGCCGGGAGUAUCAAGACUUCCUGGAGCUCUUCUUCAGGACGGUGCGGAGCUCCUUGCCGGCCACCAUGCGCAGGCACCUGGACUCUGGUGGGGUGCAGGUGGAAGUGACCAGCAUCACCAAUGGCAGCGUCGUGGUGGAGUUCAAUCUGCUGCUCCUCGCAGACGUGGACGUCCGGGAGGUGUCUGCUGCGUUCCUCACCGCCUUUCAGAACGCCUCUGUGCUGGAGGUGGUCAGAGGGGACACCUUCAUAUGGGAUUACGAUGAGUGUGACGCGGGGGAGGACGACUGUGUACCGGGCACGUCCUGUCGCAACACCCUCGGGUCUUUCACCUGCAGCUGCUCGGGAGGUGCUCCCGACUUCCCUGUGGAAUAUUCUGGAAGACCUUGUGAAGAUGACCCUCCUGGCAACACCACCCAGGUCCCCGGCCCAGAGCAGCCCCCCACCCCAGCAGGAACUGGGGCAGCCUCUGUGCCUGGUGCCAGCGUGAGCCCCCAGGGCCUGCCCCAGCGGCUGAACCUGACUGGAGCCGUCAGGGUGCUCUGCGAGAUCGAGAAGGUGGCCAUCGCCGUCCAGAGGCGCUUCCUGCAGCAGGAGUCCAUCCCAGAGUCGUCCCUGUACCUGGGACACCCGUCCUGCAACGUGAGCGACGGCAACAGCACGCACGUUCUCCUCGUGGCCGGGUGGAGCGAGUGCGGGACCGUCGUGCAGAGCAACAUGACGAAUACGGUGGUGAGGACCACGCUGAGGAACGACCUGUCCCCAGAGGGCAUCAUCCACCACCUGAAGAUCCUGAGCCCCAUCCACUGUGCCUUCCAGAAUGACCUCUUGACCUCAUCAGGCUACACCCCAGAGUGGGGGGUUUACACCAUCAUCGAGGACCUCCACGGAGCUGGAAACUUUGUCACCGAAAUGCAAUUGUUCAUCGGAGACUCUCCGAUCCCUCAAAAUUAUAGCGUGUCUGCCAGCGACGACGUCAAGAUCGAAGUGGGGCUCUACAAACAGAAGAGCGACCUCAAGGUGGUCCUGACCGAGUGCUGGGCCACGCCGUCCAGCAACGCCAGGGACCCCAUCAUGUUUGGCUUCAUCAACAACAGCUGCCCCAUCCCCAAUACGCACACGGACGUGAUCGAGAACGGGAACUCCACAAAGGCCCAGUUUAAGCUGAAAAUCUUCUCCUUCGUUAACAACGCCAUUGUCUAUCUGCACUGCAAGCUGCGCAUUUGCAUGGAGUCCCCUGGAACCACGUGCAAAAUAACUUGCAACGAUUUUCGGUCGCUGAGAAGCGCUGAGUCAUCUGGGACACACCUGAUGUCCUGGGGACCCCUCAUUCGUACUACAGGUGAGUCUCCAGGUGUGGAACCAGGCCUGGGAGCUGGGUACCUGGUCCUCAUCGUGGUGGCCGUCUUUGCCUUGGUGACGGGGGCAGCCGCCCUGCUAGUCGUGCGCUACCAGAGGAUGACCGGCAAGUACAACUUCAGGACCCAGUCGGACAACUUCAGCUACCAGGUGUUCUCUGAAUAGGAGGGCCCGCUGCGUGAAGGUUUUUCCACAUGAACAUCUCCUUUCCUGCUUGUAAACUGACCCAGACGACCGCCUUCCCCAUGCAAGUAGUCAUGAAUCGAGCUCAGUUCUUAAUUCAUCAAGCACUGACGGGAGCUGCCUCUGUCCCACAUCCAGAGCUCAGAUGAGCCCCAGAGAUGAUGGAAACACAGCCUCUGCCUGCCCCCAGGAGGUCUGUCGUCUGUGUACGUCCCAGAGAAGCAACGUCCCCAGGCGGGUGAGAGGAGCUGUUGGAGAAGUGGGCAGUGUGCUGGGGAUGCCCAGAGCUCCAGACAUGGGGAUCUUCAAACCAAGCACAGAUGCGGCUCUGCCAUUGCCCAAAUCACUGCCACCACCCCAGAGCUCCCAGACCCUUUGCCAUCCUAACUGGUCCAAGUGGCCCUUUCUCAUCCAUCCAUCCACCCACUUACCCAUCCAUGCACCCAGCCAUCCAUCCAUCCAUCCUUCCAUCCUUCCAUCCAUCCAUCCACCCACCCAUCUAUCUAUCCAUUCAUUCAUUUGACACUCUUUGUCAAAUAGAUAAUAUUUCAUAUUUUCAAAGAUAUUUGACAGUGCACAUGAAGUUCCUUUAAAAAUAAGUCAGUCAUUAAAUAUAUUGUUAAUGUUAUUUUCAGGAGACAUGUAUACUCUUUAACUUUUCUCCUGCAUUACCAGGAUAUUGUUUUUAUUUACACAGCAGUGACUCAAAAGGCACUUGAUUAAUAUGAAAAUCUUUAUGAAAAGUAGAAAUAACAUAAUAUAUAGAAAGAUAUAUAAAUCACUAUUUUAUAUUUUUCCAAACAUUUUUACAGCCAUUGAAAAAAUAAUCUUACCAGGGAGAGUGCUAGUUACCCGUUACACAAUGGGAAACCAGAGAAGGAAUGGCUGAGCUAUUUGUGUAAAGUCACAAAAUGAAUUAAUGAGGAAAUGAGUCUAGAACCUAAUAUUUUAGUCUAGAAUUUUCUCCAUCACACCAUGCUAACGGAUAAUGCUUUUCACUUUAUUUAAAACAAAUUGAAUUGCAUUUGACAGCUAACACCUGAAAGUAUAGUCUUUUUCCUUAAUGAACUUAGAAUUAUAAUAUGGUCUUAAUUUUUAAUUCAUAAGAUUAGCUUGUUGAAUAAAGUUAAUUGCCACUAAUACAGAGCAUUUGGGAAAUGUGAGUAUUUUGAUUUAUUGGAUAUCCUCAGAGUCAGUAAAGAAUUACAAUAUGUAGUGCUGUGGAUAACCGA